AUGGUUAGCUUGAUCAGAUGUGCAGCUGUGGCUGCGCUCGCCUUCAACACGGGGGCACUGGCCAAACCUAUCGACAAGACCAGUGUCUAUAACCCCAUCCUAGACGAUCUUGUUGGAUUUGACGAAGCGCUGGUGGUCACUACCGACAAGACAAGGACCCGGCGCGAGGAGCCCAUAAUCCCCAGCACUCACCACAUUGCCGGCGGGAACGUGGUGCGCAGCGAGUACCCCAUCGCCACGCCGUACACACCUGAUGCGGGCCAGCUCAUCGAGGUUUUCAAGCGCUUUAUCGUUGGCGCCACAGAUGACCGUCACCGCUGGGAUGUCUCCGAGUUUCCCUUCCACUCAGUCGGGAGACUCGUCUGGGCGAACGGCGUCUUCUGCUCGGGCGCCCUCGUCGGCCCUCGUCACGUACUCACCGCGCGUCACUGUAUUCCAGAAGGAGAAUCCGUCAGCGGGAACUUCGCACCAGGGUAUGACAAUGGAGAGCGCUUCGGUCACGCGGCAAUCACGCAUGUUCUCAAGACAGAGGGCCAGCAGCCUGGGUCGUGCGAGACCAAGGCCGACUGGGCUAUCCUCGUACUGGACCAAAAACUCGGCGACGAGCUGGGGUACUUUGGUGCCAAGGUGCCCGACGCCUCCCUCUUCGACAAACCUGCCCUCUACCAUCUCGGCUAUCCUGGUGACAAGGACGGCGGCAGCACCCCCCAGCGCAUCAUCGAUGUGACGGUGCACUCGAGCAAUAGUCUCGACUGCGACGCCACCGGGCCCGUGUACACUGAUGCUGAUACCGCCGGCGGACAGUCAGGCGGUCCGCUGUGGGAGUUGGACGGCAAUAUGGACCGUUGGAUUUGGGGCGCGCUCUCUAUUGGCGUCUCGUGGGGUGAGGGCCUGGGAUACUCGGGUUUUGCGUCGGGCGCGCAAAUGGUGGACGCUGUGAAUAUGGCGAGGAAGGAUUUCCCAUAG